ACGUCAUCUUCACGCGACGUUCGGUUCGGUGUGUGUGUCGCCGGCUUCUCGAGGGUCCAUGUGAUUUUCACGCCAGUGCGGCUGAACGGUCCAGGAGAGGGAGCUGACGGAGUCCGAUUAAUUGUCCUUGAGUCCAGGUGUCUCGUCGGGCCCUUUGGGGCUCAGUGGAGACUUAAGGCAGUCGUUGUAAUUAUUUCUAAUAUCAAUUCUAAAAUAUUGACCCUUGGACAACAGUUCAAUUAUAUGGAAUUAUGGCUGGGUAUAAGCCUGUAGCUAUUCAGACAUAUCCUAUACUUGGUGAAAAAAUUACCCAAGAUACACUGUACUGGAACAACUAUAAAACCCCUGUUCAGAUUAAGGAAUUUGGUGCAGUUUCAAAAGUAGACUUUUCUCCUCAGCCUCCAUAUAAUUAUGCUGUCACAGCUUCCUCAAGAAUUCACAUUUAUGGCCGAUAUUCCCAAGAACCUAUAAAAACCUUUUCUCGAUUUAAAGAUACAGCGUACUGUGCUACUUUUCGACAAGACGGUAGAUUGCUUGUGGCUGGCAGUGAAGAUGGUGGAGUGCAACUUUUUGAUAUAAGUGGAAGGGCUCCCCUCAGACAGUUUGAAGGCCAUACAAAAGCAGUUCAUACAGUAGAUUUUACAGCUGACAAAUAUCACGUGGUCUCUGGGGCUGAUGAUUAUACAGUUAAAUUAUGGGAUAUUCCAAACUCCAAAGAAAUUUUGACAUUUAAAGAACAUUCUGAUUAUGUGAGGUGUGGAUGUGCUAGUAAACUUAAUCCGGAUCUCUUUAUAACAGGAUCAUAUGAUCAUACUGUGAAGAUGUUUGAUGCACGAACGAAUAAGAGUGUUCUCUCUGUUGAGCAUGGGCAGCCUGUGGAGAGUGUCCUGCUUUUCCCCUCUGGAGGUCUUCUGGUGUCAGCAGGAGGUCGUUACGUUAAGGUCUGGGACAUGUUAAAAGGAGGACAAUUGCUGGUAUCUCUGAAAAAUCAUCACAAAACUGUGACAUGUUUAUGUCUAAGCAGCUCUGGACAGAGGUUGCUCUCUGGCUCACUGGAUAGGAAGGUAAAAGUAUACAGCACAACUUCCUACAAAGUAGUCCACAGUUUUGAUUAUGCAGCUUCAAUUUUGAGUCUUGCCCUUGCGCAUGAAGAUGAGACAAUAGUUGUAGGAAUGACCAAUGGCAUACUGAGUGUUAAACAUCGGAAAUCCGAAGCAAAGAAGGAAUCGCUUCCCAGAAGGCGGCGGCCUGCAUAUCGAACGUUUAUUAAAGGAAAAAAUUACAUGAAGCAACGGGAUGACAUUUUGAUUAAUAGGCCAACAAAGAAACACCUAGAAUUGUAUGACAGGGAUCUGAAACAUUUUCGAAUCUCUAAGGCACUUGACAGAGUUCUUGAGCCUACUUGUGCAAUAAAGACACCUGAGAUUACAGUGUCCAUCAUAAAGGAGUUAAAUCGAAGAGGAGUCCUUGCAAAUGCCCUUGCAGGUCGAGAUGAAAAGGAAAUCAGUCGUGUUCUUAAUUUUUUGAUAAGGAAUCUUUCUCAGCCAAGAUUUGCCCCUGUUUUAAUCAAUGCUGCUGAAAUAAUUAUUGAUAUAUAUCUACCUGUGAUUGGUCAGUCCCCUGUAGUUGAUAAAAAGUUUUUGCUGCUUCAAGGACUUGUAGAAAAAGAAAUUGAUUACCAAAGAGAAUUGUUAGAAACCUUGGGGAUGAUGGAUAUGCUUUUUGCCACCAUGAGAGGGAAGGAAGGCACUCCUGUGUUGGAAAAUACAUCUGAUGGAUUUCCAGAGAAUAAGAAGAUAGAAUCAUAGUGUCUGCUGAAUAAGACAUAUAAGAACUCUGAAGUUGGAAUAGAUUUGCCUCUAUUAAAUGUUGGAAAGAGACUCUCUUUGAUAUAUUAAAAAAAGCUAUUUACAGAAGCAGUUCUGUGGAAGAGACUGGAAUAAUUGUGGUCGGAAAAUAAGUACCUGUUUUAAGUAAGACAUGGUUUUCCAUGUGCUAUUUUGAAUUAUUUUAUAGCAUCUUCACCUAGAAGAUCUCAAUUGUCUUGGACACAGAGUAGGUUUAUGUGGGAUGAGUGGAUAUUAAUUUUAGUACAGGAGUAUUCUGUCUCAACAUUUGGGUUGGUAUUCAGGUGGGAAUUCAAAUAUGAAUCCUCUCUGGAGAGGAUCCAACUGGGAAUCCUGCUAAAGGAACACAGCCUUGUAUUACUUCUGGAAAACAACAAAAACAAAUGGCAACAACAAAAAGCCUCUUUCUUGAUGCUAAUCAGUGCCUUUGGGAUUUGUAGGCCCUUGCGGAGCUUGCUUCCUCUCUCCUUGAUGUCGACACUUGUCUUAGAUCACAUGCCCUGCUUCAGCUGGUAAUGGGAGUUCAGCUGUUCCAAGUGUGGCAAGUAAGUGGUCAGCUCUGAAGAACUGAUACUCGCUAGAUUUGUAUUCAGAAUGAGAGCAAGGUCUGCAGAUAGACCUGAUUGGACUACUUUUUCUUUCUUCUCUUCAUGCAGCCUUUCUAACAAGUUUUCACCUUGUUUCAGGUCAGAGGAAUGAUAGAAUUUGUCAUUUUUCUUGUAAUAAAUAGCCUUUCAAACUAUUCUUCAUAUGUUUGGAGCUUGUCUUAUAGCUGUCUAAUCCUCUGAAAACUAUUUUCUCUGAUUUGUAUUUAGAUUUUCCUCCCAUUCUUCACAAUCAUAUUGUGUUUUGAACCCCAAUCCAGAGCAGUUUGCUUUGAAAAGUAGUUGUUUUUGAAAAUUUAAUGUAAAUAUUUUUUAGAAUUUCUUUUUUUUGAAAGAGUCUCGCUCUAUUGCUGGAAUGCAGUAGAGAAGUGCAGUGGUGCAGUCUUGGCUCACUGCCACCUCUGCCCUCCCAAGUUCAAGCAAUUCUCCUGCCUCAGCCUCCUGAGUAGCUGGGAUUACAGGUGUGUGCCACCAUGCCUGGCUAAUUUUUGUACUGUUAGUAGAGACAGGGUUUCACCAUGCUGGCCAGGCUGGUCUCGAACUCCUGACCUCAAGUGAUCCACCUGCCUAGUCCUCCCAAAGUGCUGGCAUUACAGGCAUGAGCCACGGCGCCCAGCCCAUAAAUAUUAUUAUUAUUUUAUAAAGACAUUCUUAUUUUCUUGGCUUUUUGAUGUAUCCAUUCCAGGUGGAUAAGUGUUGGGUAGUAACUCCUAGUACACUGAUUUCACAGUUGCUACCUCUCCUGCCUUUCUCUAAUUCUUACCCCAACUCAAGUAGUUAAAAAUCAGUAAGAAAAAUGUCUUGAGCUAGAAGAACCUGUAGAGGAAGAUUUUGUAAUGCAAAUCUGCUUUCAUAAUUUUACUUCUGUAAAUUCAGGGUUUUUUUAAGCAGAAAAAAAUACUUGAUGUGCUCUAGUAAGGUUAUUAAGUAAAAAUUAAAUAAACAUUAAUUUAAUAUUUAGGCUAACAUUAACAUUUAAAUUAAUAUACUAAGUGAAUAUGCUUAAUAUGUUCUAGUACGGGUAUGCUCAGAAGUAGGGCCAGUUUCCCUUUCAUGAACUGUUUUCAGCAAUCAUACAGCACAGUGGCCUGUAAGGAACCAGCAGUGUGUUUCUCUGCAUAAUUAUGAAUUUAGUCAAGAUCAGAAGCUGUGUUUUGGGGUUAAGAAGGGUUAAUUUAUUUAAAUAAAGUUUCUAUUUAAAAA